AUGUCGCAGAUUGCAAGAAAGGAAAUCUUGGUUAUUGGGGGUACUGGGGCACAGGGCAUUCCUGUCGUCAAGGCUCUCUCUGCCAGCUCGACUUACUCUGUCCGAGUGUUGACCAGAGACCCUUCAUCAAAAAGAGCACAAGAGCUCGCAUCACUGCCAAACGUGACAUUGUUACAGGGCAGUCAAGAUGAGCAGAAGAAGCUUCACGAAGCCUUCCACGGGGUUUAUGGAGCGUGGGUCAAUCUUGAUGGGUUCACUUUAGGGGAAAUGAAAGAAUUGUUCUACGGAUUCCGUGCCUAUGAGAUUGCCCGACAUGAAAAGGUUCAACACUAUGUCUGGGCAAAUUGUGAUUAUGCAUUGAGGAUUGCGGGCUGGGAUGAACAAUAUCAUUGGGGCCACAAUGACGCCAAAGGAAGAAUUGGAGAUUUCAUCCUUGCACAAGGUCAACAGUCCAUGAAAUCAACCCUUUUCACUGUCGGACCAUAUAUGGAUAUGCUGUUGGAUGGUAUGUUCCAUCCAUCGGAGGUGCAUGAAGAUGGUACAAUUGUAUGGGAAAAUCCUUCAGAAGAUGGAAAGAUUCCCUUAAUGGCACUUGACGAUGUUGGAGUGUUCGUCAAGUGGAUUUUCGAUCAUCCCGAGCGUUCAGCGGGGAUCAACCUGGAGAUGGCCACGGAUCAAGUCUCUUUCUCAGAUAUUACAUCCGCUUUCACUCGAGUGACGGGACGUACAGCUAUUCAUCGAGUUAUUUCCUUCGAGGUAUAUCUCCCUAAGCGCGAGCCAUAUCCAAAUGCCCCAGCGAACUGGGCGGGCAAUCCACGCGAUGAAGCAACGAUGACAUGGAGAGAGAACUUCACGGCGUGGUGGAAAUUCUGGGGUAGUGGAAAAGGUGCCACAAGGGAUAUGGCGCUACUGGAUGAGAUUUAUCCAGGAAGGAUCAAGUCGUUGGAAGAAUGGAUGCGAAAAGUUGACUAUCAAGGUGGCAAACAAGGCACUGUGCUUAAAGAUAUUGAAGACCUUCUGAGCCGGCGUGAGAGCGAGCAAGAAAGAGGAGAUAGUCAGCUGCGGAGUAAAGUCUGA